GAGUCAGCUGUCAGCAGAAAAAUAUUUCUGGAAUAACAAAAACAGGCAAAAUUACCCGUAUCCGAACCAAGUCGUAAUUCCAAUCCGAAACAUGAACUGGCACACGGGCAACAUUGCGGAGGCCGUGGCGGAAUCCAAGGCCAAGGAUGCCGUUUUCGUGGUCUUCAUCGAGGGCCAGGACGAGAUGUCCAACAAACUGGAGCGGUUCGUGGAUGAUAAUCGGGUGCGCUCCCGGCUGGAAACCUCCGACUUUGUUGCCAUCAAAGUCCAGGGAAACAGCUCCGCCUACGGACAGUUCAUGUCGUUAUACAAAGUCGUGCCCAUUCCCUCGCUCUUCUUUAUUGGCAAAACGGGUACACCUCUGGAAAUAGCUACUGGGAUUACGGCCAGCGUGGAGGAACUCACGGAAAAGAUCGAUAAGGUUCUGAUCCUGGCGGGAAAACGAACUGAGCCAGUGGUAGCCGCCAGCGCCUCUUCAUCAACGGAUGCACUGGAGGCCAAUAAAGUCAGAAGCUUCGCCGGAGCAGAUAAGUCAAACAGCUUAAGCACUGGGGAGUCCCAAUCGGUUCAAACAGCACCAGAAAAGUUAGCAGAACCUGAAACCACAUCAGAUUUAAACUCGGCAACUGUGGAGGAAGCUAAGACGAAUCCUCCAAAUUCGCCUGCAGCAGCUAGCUUGGCUUCUAUUCCUGCUGCCGUAUCAACCUCCAGUUUAGAUGUAAAAUCCGGAUCAGAGUCAGAGGCUGCUUCUCCCGCCGCUUUGGCGGCCGAGAAGAGAGCAGCAGCCAGCAAAGUGGAGACAUCAGCUACCACAUCCGGGGCAGCUGCCCGGAACUUUGCCACCACUAAUCUUAUACCGGCUGUGCCGUUAAUGACACCUGCUGUCCCAGUUGCAACGCAGCUACCGCCCGAAGUCCAAGUAAAUACCGAAUCCGAGGAAAGGUUGGCCGAAGUCAGGAACAUUCUGGAGCAAAAGCGAAGGGAGCGUGUGGACGAGGAGAAGCGUAAGGAGAAGGAAAACGAGCUGAGGCGUCGCCGGGACGGAAAGGAGGCACAAAGCCAGCAGGCAAGAACCAAGGAGCAGGAGCUCAAGAACAUGCAGGAGCAGAUAAAACGUGAGCGUCAGGAGGAGCUGGCGGCCAGGGAGCGCAUACGUGCUCAGAUUGCCGCCGAUCGGGCGGAGCAAGCACAACGUUUUAAUUCACCGGACAUCAGCAGCACGACCAAUUCGGUGGCGGCCACCGCUGCCUCCAAUGUGAUCACAACAGAUGCCUCUGUGAGUUCGGUGGACGAGACGAGGCUGCAGAUCCGAUUACCCGGUGGCAUUCAGCGCACCAAAUCCUUUCCUGCCGGCGAGGUGCUGGCCAUGGUCCGUAUCUACGUGCGAAGCGAGUUGCUGGCGGCGAGCGAUGGGCGUGAUUUUACUCUGGCUACCAGUUACCCUCGCAGGGAGUUCCAAACGGAAGACGAGGUCAAGACCCUGAGAGAGCUAAACCUAGUGCCCAAUGCAGUGGUUCUAGUGCUAACCAAGGAGCAAGUGAAUCGUGUGGUACAAAGCGGUGGCUCUCUAAUGACCAUGCUGGCCACUGUAAUUUGGGCUAUGCUCACACCGGCGGCCAAGGCUUUCGACUACAUUCACAAGAUGGGCCUCCGACCGCUCACUCAGAAACUGAGCGUGCUUAUGGCCAACAUCCGGUGGCCAGGACAACAGGCCAACCUGGAUGUUUACCAGGGUGAUGCUGCUGCCCGUCGCAACAUGGAUAUGUUCUCCCUACGACCUACACCAGCUCCAGGCUACGAAUACGACGAGGCUUCAACAUCACAGGCUGGCGGAGCAGCGGAGAGGCCCACUCCACAAAAUCAACCGGGACCGGGAAGUACUCCGCCGGCUCAUAAUACCAGUCAAGCCUCCUCCUCUAAGUCCCAGGAAUUCCAACAGCGACCCGGUGGCUAUCAGCCGCCGAAAUAUGGGGACUCGAACAUUCGACGACUGCAGGAUACAAAGAAGGAUGAAAAGGACAAGGACAAGGCCACUUACAAUGGAAACUCCACACAGCAGCAAUAGAACAUCACUAUUUCUUUACAGUAAUCUGUUGACAACAGUCUUUAGCUAUCCAUCUAUGCAAUAACCUGUUAUGCUAAAUUUAAUUAUAUCAAUUCAAUAUUCCAAAAUAUCAA